UCUCUCUCUCCGAUUCCCCAUUCCACCCCCCAAAUCCCCUUCGCGCGGAUCGGAAGGAGCCAGCGACGGGAGCCCCUCCGAUUCCUCUCCUUCCCGACUCCGCGCGCCCCGAUCAACAGAAACAAAUAUUGAUUAGCAGAAAAUGACUGUGAGCUUUAAAUAUUGGGACGACUGCUUGGAUCCGGAUGAUAUGCGACUGAUGUGGGCAGAUGCUCAUGUAAGUAAAGAGUGGAUCGACGCUGGGGAAGAGAAGGGACAGAAAGUUCACCUGUCAAGGGAUCCUGAUGGUGAGGCAUAUCUAACACAAACUGAAAUGAUGGCAGUGGCUGCAAUCACUGUUCAUAGGCAUUUCAAAUCUCAGCUAGACCCGUAUAUGAUAGGUGCCCUAGCUGAAAUUGCAAGUGGAAGGAGACUCUUUGUGGAUAACUAUGAUCGCAAGACUAAGGAGACAAAGAUGGGCAUAAUGCAGGUGACACCUGAAGUUGCUCAAUGGCUUGGCAGGGAACUGGGUUACAAGAAUUAUGACAUUGAACUCGGAGAGAAUAUUGAUUUGCUCUACUGGCCUUUCAUAAAUGUCUACUUUGGUGCUGCUUAUGCAAAGUGGCUCUUCUCAUGUGAUGAAAAAGAAAGAACUGAAGAGUUCGUCGCUCGAGCUUACAAAGGAGGCAAAAAGAAAGCUAAUCACAAGUCAUCUGCACCCAUUUUCCAACGUUAUCUUUAUGUGAAAGAGACACUGCUUUCUAUGAGGCAAGCAGACAGUUUCAAUGAGCUAACUCCUCAGCUCCUAGAAAAUUCCGCAAGUGCAGGGACACAGCUGAUACAUUGGGAUUCCAAAGUAUCAGAGGAAGAUAUGGGUGCAAUGUGGAGUCAUCCUGACGUGAAGAAGGAGUGGACAAAUUCUGGUGAGAGACGUGGAAAUGUCCGAUUUUCUCAUGAUGCCAAGAAGAGACCAUAUCUUUCCCGAGUUGAAGUGAAGGCUGUUGCUGAAAUAAUCAUAUCUCGCCAUUUGAGCUCAAGAGGAGUAAAGCCGGAAGCUCUAGCUGCUCUUGCAGAGGUGUGCAGUAUGCGCUUUGUCCAAGGAGUACGUUCACGGACAGGAUUGAUGGGAAUAGAUUAUCCUACUGCUGCAUGGCUUUACAAAGAUUGUGGCUAUACAACAUACACAGUCAGCUCGGUAGAUGAUCUCUACAAUCCUUUUGCAUCAAUGUACUUUGGAUUGGCUUACUUGGGAUGGUUGUCGCAGUAUGAAGGAAGGGAGAGGAGCCAUGAAUUCAUUGUUCAAGCUUAUCUUGGGGGACCUGACAAAGUGAACCUUCAGGAGACUGGCCCAUAUUGGAAGAAAUUUCUGGAGGCUUUAAGGCACUAUGAAGAUCCAAAGAAGGACCAAGCGAGCUGUUGUAUUUUAUGAAGUUUUCUGAUGUGUUCGUGUUGUUUUCGUUACUAAAGGCCGCAGGCAGUAAUAACUAGUAAAGCCUUGUUUUCACUGAUCUUGUAACUGAAGAGUAUAUAUGAAGGCUUAUCGGUGCUCUGCGGAAUUUCAGAUUUCAUCCCCAAGGAUUCGAGAGUGACAAGCGAAGAACUUGCAUGGACAACUUGAGAUACAGGGGAUAUCCGCUCACCAUGCUGCUCACGUGUAAUUGGUAACUCGGACAGGUGUGAUUGUUAGAGACUUAGAGUCAGUGUUCAUAGAGUCAUAUGCCCCCCCCCCCCUGCUUCUGUUCUCUGUUGAAUCUUGAAAUAUCGUCGUUCUUCUGCAUUUAGUAAAUAGUGAAGUGCAUUUUUUUCAUACAAGAAUUCGCUGUUUCAUUGAAGUCUCAGGUGAUCACCUCAUCUUUGGAUAAGUAGAACUUGUUUUAAAACAUAUGCGUCCUUGUAUAGAAUAUCUGAUUUCUAACAAUAGUCUUCAUGAAAAAAGUUUCGAUUA